AUGCGCCCCUAUGGACUGUGGCCCUCCAGGCUCCUCUGUCCAUGGAAUUCUCCAGACAAGAACACUGGAGUGGGUUGCCCAGGGGACCUUCCCAAUCCACAGAUCCAACCGGUGUCUCCUGUCUCCUGCAUUGGUAGGCGGGUUCUUGGGAAGUCCUCUUCAAUCUGCAGACCGUUGGAAAUUACCUGCCUCCCUUUGCCCCCGACCCCAGCCACCACAUAUGUAUACACAGUUAUAAAGCAUCAGGAGAAAUCUGAAAUCUCCCAUCUCGGUCUGUCCUGGAGGUUCCGCCCACUUCGUAGACCAUCCUCCGGCUCCUUGCGCCUGCGCGCCCCACGCACCCUGUGA